CAUGUAUUUAGAAAAGAAACGGCGUCUGACUAAUGCUCGUUGGUUCUAGUGUAUUUUAUCCUAAUAAUAAUAUUUAGCCUAUUAUGCAGUUAUACUAAUAGUAUUUCACGUAUGGGUGUAAUAAGAUGGCGCUUUCAUACAUCGUAUGGGUGUAGUAAUAGGCCACGCUAAUCUUCUGCAAAUGGGUGUAAUAAAAUGGCGGUCUGGUGCGUAGCAAUAUGUCCGCCGAUUCGAUUGUGUUUUCGGAAGUGACGCUAUACGGCCCCCGGAAGCUCCUCCGGCCCCUGUCUCGGUGUUAUGGCCCCGGCGUUCUCCCGGUUGUGUCCGGUGUAAGCCCUAAUGGCAGAACCCGAGGCUACGGGAGGCCGAGGAGCCCCAUGCAGCCUAACUAUCCCAAGCACUCGCAGCGGGCCUCCGAGCCCUGGACUGUCCUGCCCAGGUCCCCGUUCUUCCCGAAGUCCCGUUCCGCAUGACGGCUCAAGGCACCCCCAGGCCAAGUGGGUUCGGCUUAAUGUGGGUGGUACAUACUUCUUGAGCACCAAGCAGACCCUGAGCCGGGAACCCAAGUCAUUUCUGUAUCGGCUGUGCCAGGAGGAGCCGGGCCUGGAUUCAGAUAAGGAUGAGACUGGCGCGUAUCUCAUCGAUCGGGAUCCCACCUAUUUUGGGCCUAUCUUGAACUAUCUCAGACAUGGAAAGCUUAUCCUUAACAAGGAGCUAUCAGAAGAAGGAGUCCUUGAGGAGGCAGAGUUUUAUAACAUUGCAUCUCUGGUGCGGUUGGUGAAAGAACGAAUCAGAGAUAAUGAAAACAGAACCUCACAGGGGCCGGUGAAACAUGUUUACAGAGUGCUGCAGUGUCAAGAGGAGGAGCUCACACAGAUGGUGUCCACCAUGUCUGACGGAUGGAAGUUUGAACAGCUUAUCAGCAUCGGAUCUUCCUACAACUAUGGAAAUGAGGACCAGGCAGAAUUCCUGUGUGUAGUUUCUCGGGAACUUAACAACUCCACUAAUGGACUGGUGAUUGAGCCCAGUGAGAAGGCCAAGAUUCUCCAAGAGCGAGGAUCCAGGAUGUGAGGAAGAGGAGGGAGUGAGCUUCUCCCAGGCUUGUAACCAAAGCCCUCAUUGGCCACGGAGCUCACACGCGCUGUAUCUGUUGAUCCCCUUCACCCUCUGCAAGCCUUAACACCCCCAGGCUGAAGGGAGGCAUUAUGUAUAGAGAGCACAGAGCUGACCUUGUGUACCCCGCUUGCAGGCCUGUGUUUUUGUUGUGUAGGAGUCAUGUUUGGGGGAGGGGGGGAUGUCUGAGGCAUAGAGGAGGUGCACAACUUCCCCAUCUGGGGUUUAUAGUGUUUUACUGUUUGUGAUGUUUUAUCUGUGCCGCCUGUUCUCAGAAGGGCAAAAGAAAUCUACUUUGCUUCUUGGACUUUGAGAGGACUUCAGGAUGCAAGUAUGCUGCCUUCCUACAGGAUGUGAGUGGGUCUUACCCUUGGACUGUAUUCCUUUCUGACAGUUGCCAAAUGUCUUGCGCUGUUUUCUGUCCUAAGUGCUGUUGCCUGUGCAGUUUCAUGUCUCAUGUUUCUGGGGGGGAUUUUAUGACUGUGAAAUGGACUCAGAGCCGAGUGUGUCCUCCUUACAUGAGAAUCAUGGACCACCACCAUUUUUAUUGGCCGGGUCCCGCCUCUUACUGUGUGGCACAAGAGGCUGAGUAUUGUUCAGCUAUCCCUGUUAAAGGCUGCCCAGAGGUGUCUGCAUGUUUAACCACCCACUGCACACUUGUACUCAUUUUGUGGAGGUGUUUUCUGUUUCAAUUUGGCUACCCCAUCUUGUCUCUUCUUGCUUCUUUGUCAGGCACAAAGCUUCCUAGGACACCACUUGUUUAGGACAAGGCAGAGGAGCAGAUGUGGGGCCUAUAUUGUUUGUGUGGGUUGUAUAAAUUUUUCUCAUGCAAAAACUGUCUUUGUCAGACUGUGUCUUGUUUUGUGUUUUUAAUAAUUUUCUUACGUUUAUUUAAAGGGCAAAGGGCUUGCUAAACAAUUUAUAGGUGUCCAUAUGCAAAUAGUAAUCUAGCAAAGUAGCUGCUAAAUAAAUGUUUAAAGUGAA